GGGAAGGGGGGAGGGACUGCAUGACGGGAAGAGGAGAGGGAAGGAGGGAGGCCCCGGUGCAUGGCGGCCGCUAGAGGGCAGACGCCGCCGUCCACCAUGGAGCAGCUGGAGAAGGCGGCGCAGAUUUUGAUGGCACCACCAGAUCUGGUGACAUCAGAACAACGUCAUGAAGCAGAGCAGGUAUUCCUCCAGCUACGCAAUACAAAGAACCCCUUUAACCUGUGUCGUCAGUUGUUAGAAACUUCACAGGUGAGCUAUCUCCUGUUUGAGGCAGCUACACUGUUACGUGUUGGUGUCAUCAGAGAGUGGCGGGAUCUGAGCAAAGAGGACAGCCUGCAGCUGCGGCAGUACAUUGUUCACUAUGUGGUCAACCGACGCAAUAUUCCACACUAUGUCCGGGAGACCCUUGUACAGGUGGUGGGUAUCAUGGUGAAGCGUGGGAGUGUGGAGGAUCAGGGAGAGGACCGUGGACGCCUGCUGACAGAGGUGGAGCAACUUGUCUCCUCUGGUGACAACACAAUGAGGAUGAUAGGUUGCAGCAUCAUCAGUGCCCUCAUGCAGGAGUAUGCUGUGACUGUCAAGUCCACAGAUGUAGGCCUCACCUGGGAGACGCACUUCAAAGCCAAGAAGCAGUUUGAGGGAACAGAUCUAAGGCGGAUUUUUCACUUCAUAGUGAACUUGCUGGGAGAGGUGGUGAAAGUGGAGGGCAAGAUGAGUGAGGAACUGUCCGCACUGUUGCUGAAGCUGUUGGUCAUAGCAGAGACUACCCUCACCUGGUCCUUCAUCUCUCUGCAACUGCCCAAGCGUCUGAUGAGUGUGUUUGAGCAAGACCAGAACCCUUCGCUGCGCCCAGGGCAGCAGUGGCGGGAGACCUUCCUGGAUCCAGCUAUUGUUCAACUCUUCUUCAAGCUAUACUGGCGGGUGCGUGAGGACUGGAACUUGGGUCAUCGUGCUCUGAACUGCCUAGUACAGCUGGCAUCUCUCAAUGGAGCUGUCCUCAUCAACAGGCAGGUCCGCAUCAAGUACCUGUCACAGUACCUGGAAUGUCUCUUCUCUCUACUUUCAAGCAUAGAGAUCACUGAGGUGGAGGCACUGGGGGUGAGCAACAUCUUCAGGAAGUUGUUGCUGUUCUUCCCACCAUCAGUGCUUGUGGCGCUGCCUGAAGAGAUGUUACGGCAGCUGGUGGACAACCUCACUGCCCUCACUCUCAAAUUUGCCCAGGGAGCUGCUCAUGAGGAAAUGCUGGAUCAUGAGGACCAGUUGUACAUGGAGGCCUUUGAGCAGAUGCUGCAGUCCUGGGUGUGCAUCCUGCAGGAGAGCAGCAGUUGUAACAGUUCCCAGGUGAAGCAAAGUGCCACCCUCAUCUUUGACACCUACCUCAAGUGUCACUUGGCACCUCCAGAUGGUUCAAGAGUAGCAGUGGAUGCAGAUGAAAUCUCUGAGACAGUACAGACAGACCGUGUGGCCUUCAAGGAGCAGCUAGUCCUCAUCGGCCUGUGUGGGAGGCAGGCUCCUGAAUACAGUGUGCCUCUGUUGACCCAACUGCUGGAGGACCGCAUUAGCCGCAUGCGUGCACAGCUAACCCACAUCCACACCAACAACCUCACCAUCGCCCAGAACACACAGCUCGACCAACUGUAUGAAGACAUACAUUGGCUUCUUCUUAUAGCCGGCCAUGUCACCACUAUGGACAAUGAAGGGGAGACUGCUCUCAUCCCAGCUGAAAUGGUGACCUACACUGUCAAUGCUGCACCCACUGUUAACCUGGAGGCCACCCUGAGGCUCCUGGCCACCCCUGCACAGAUGCCAAGUGAGGUGCCCAACAGUGCUGCUGCUGAUCCUCUCAUAAGGCUGAUGAGUAUGGUGAUGAGGUUGUGUGAGACGGAAUCCCAAGCCCUGAAGGCCAAUUUGGGUCACCUGCUCAGCCCUGAGGUGUCGUCAUCACUCAUGUGGUUCCUCAGGCGGUUUUGUCUCUCAUACCUGUUGCCUGAUGAAUCUUUCUACACUGAGCUGAGUGUGGCACUGACCUCGGCAUUUGGGCGAGAUUCUGAGGGUGCAGCAUGGACCCUCAAUUAUUUGCUGUCUGUGGUGGAGCAGAUGCUACGACUUCGCAGUGCUGAGCCAAACCUUGUGGAGGACACUGUCAACCUACUAGUAACCAUGGUGGAUAGCAAGGAGAGGGGACAGUACUUAGUAAAGACAGAAGGCCUGAUGGAGCUUGUGGCGCUGCAACAGAGUGGCACACUAGGGGCACUCUCUUCCAUGGCUCAGCGGGGACUGAUGCAGGGGCUAGUGAUGUGUGCAGCUGCUAUUGGAGAUCCUGAUGCUCGCACACAGUUCUGGUCACAUGUGCUGGACCCACCUGUUACUUCUUUCAAGCAACUCAUGGCCUCAGAAACCUUUACCAAGCAGUACCAGCAGGAAGAUUUAAAGAAACAAGUGCUGUACCACAUUGAUAAUUUUAUCGGUGCUGUGCAAGGCUGCCUCAUGCCCACUGCCCAGUGCCUCUUCUCUUGGUUGGUGGGUGUGCUUGGAGACAGUGUGCGGCUUCUAGAUCUUUAUCACAACUAUCCUACUGUGGUGGAGACAGUGCUGGAGCUCUUUGUGGAGUGUGGCCGUCGCAUGUUGUGCUAUCUGACACCAAGUGCCAGUAAGCAGCUGUAUGAGGCUUCAGUUCAUCUGGUGGGGACGUAUGCGAAGCACAACAUUGGGAGGCGCACUCUUGAGGCUCGGGGUGAAGAGGACCAGUGGAGAGAUCUGCAGCUGCUUAUGGAACUACUCACUUCCCUUCUCUCCAAGGACUUCAUCGAUCUGGCACCAUCGGGUCAUGGGGAGGAUCAGGAAGUGGUGGCAGCAGCAGACGUGUGUCUUUUUGGCCUCAACAUCAUCAUGCCACUCAUGUCCCGGGAUCUGCUCAAAUUGCCUUCUCUGUGCUCCCAGUAUUUCAAAAUGGUGACCUUCAUUGCUGAGAUCUAUCCUAGCAAGGUCUGCAUGCUGCCUGAGGAGCUCAUGAAGAACCUUCUAGCAUCCAUUGAGUUGGGCCUCACCAGUUUUGGCGCUGAUGUAGGAACAUUGUCCUUUGACUUCCUUGUGGUGCUUGGCUCUUACAUCCACAAAAACUGUGGUCCAGAGCUGCCUGUGCGGCAGGGGCUGCGGCCUUUUCUCAAGCUUGUCCUGGACUUGAUAUUGUCACAGCAGAUCAAUUCUGACCUAUUGCAAGCAGCAUCAGCAGCACUCUACACACUUAUCUGCUGCUUCCAGGCGGAGUAUCAGGAGUUGGUCCAAACUUUGCUGCACAGCCAGACAGACCCCACCACAGGGCAACGUCUGGCAGAAUCUUUCACACAGCUCACCACAAACGUAGAGCUCACUGCAGAUCGCAUCAACCGGAUCAAGUUCAGGGACAAUUUUGAGAAAUUUAUUGCCAACGUCAGAGGCUUCUUACUCGUUAAGUAGAUCAUUGAGUGAUAUGUAAAUAUUUUAAAGUGGAGGAGCCCAUGACUAAUGUUCAGUAUAAAGUUUUAUAUUGUAAACUUUAUAGAAAAUCCUUUCUUGAGUUUCUCUCUCUCUCUCUCUCUCUCUCUCUCUCUCUCUCUCUCUCUCUCUCUCUCUCUCUCUCUCUCUCUCUCUCUCUCUCUCUCUCUCUCUCUCUCUCUCUCUCUCUCUCUCUCUCUCUCUCUCUCUCUCUCUCUCUCUCUCUCUCUCUCUCUCUCUCUCUCUCUCUCUCUCUGUAUACAUCUUACAGAGUUUCCUAGUGCUGUGAUGUAUCACUUGUAAAAAGAACUAUUGAUGAGCUUCACAAAUACUGGAUAUCACGUCUGUACAGCAGGUGGAGGCUGGGCACUGGGGUCCCAGACAUGGAGCACCGGCAAGGAAGCACUGGCAAGAUUCACACACAAUUUCAUUAUGAGUAGAAUUUUUAUAUAAAAGACCUUGAAGCUUAAUUUAGAUUUUUAGAAAAGUUGGUUCAGAUCCGGUCAUUGUGGCCUUCCUCAAGCUAAUUUCUUGUGUUGCGUCCACUGCAGGUUCCUAGAUGGUGAGAAGUUGUGUUGCAUUUUAUAAUGUCUCGGUGCAGUGAGGGGUGGCCUCACACCUCAGUUAAGAUACUUUGAUCUCGUUUCAGUAGCUUAGCUGUAGAUGUUAGCUUGAAUUUUUAAUGUUUUCAUGGCCCUGAGGCAUUGUAGGUAAGGCUGGCAGCAUUUGCACUGCCUAUUGGAGUGAUUCAUUGGCAAUGCAGGGUUAUCCUAGGUAGUGGACAGUCUUGCCUUCCUUUCCUUCUAAGGAAGUUAAUAAUGUUUUUUUACAUUUCCUAAAGUUUGUAUCCAUAGCAAGCAACUGUAGUCCUCUCCCAGUGGACCUGGGACAGCCGAGGCCUGGAGCACUGCUGGCUGGGACAGUGGAGUGUUCUGAGUAGUGCUGAGCCGGAAACAGUGUGAGUGCACAAGAUGUGCAAGUUGUGUGGAAGGAACACACAGCAGCCUUGGGAUGCCACCAAGUGUUAGCCUGACUUGUUGCUUUAGGACCAGGACUCCAACCAACCAAUGGCUGUGUUAUUAUUCAAAACUAUCGCACUAAGUCCAUUAUUCAUUUUUCAUAAUUAUAUCUUAACUGCACACGUUUUUCAUCUCUCAUAGAUAGGGAUAAGCCAGUAUGUAGUCGUCAUGUCAGCUUUGUAUAUAGAUUAUUUAAGAUACAGGUAUUGUACUCCAGUAAGGCAUCAUAAUGAAUGUUAUGUGUAAGUUAUGUCGUGGUAGUUAUUGCAGCAGGAACCUGUGACUGGUGCUGCCUUCUGGUUCCAGCUACUCCUGCAAAAAGCAUAAUUCUUAUAUUUUCACAUUUUAAUUAUAAUAUUUGACUAAUAUCAUUAAUGUGUCACGGAAUAUAAAGUUAGUACAAUUUGUUGUUUAGAUGGAUCAGCUAAAGAACAGCUACUUUAGGUACAUUGCUGUGGCUGAACUGCACCAGUGCUGCAACAACUCUUGGUCUAUAUCAGUGCUGUUUCAGAAAACCUUACUUGCUCAGGUUAUGAGUUCUUGUUUUUGCAUUUGUGCAUAAUUCUUGGACUAACAUAAGUCAAGUUUCCAGCACUCACAAAUUAUCAUGACUGAUUGUUGGUGGCAUUAUAUGCUCACAUUAUCCUGGGAAGCACUUUUUACCACAAAUAAUCUGCCAUUUGCAUGGAAAUCAACUUGUUCAUAGAAGUGUUGCAAGGAUGCAGUUCUUGUUCAUAUCAAAGUGUGAUCUAACUUGACCUGAUUUAGAAUCAUCAUUCCAUCACUAUGGCAGAUUUUGAAGACCACUUCACCUUGCUCCCAAUUUGCACAUCUUUGCUUUACACAGCUGCAGACAUAACACAUAUUCCAUUCUAUAGUGUCCCCCCUUGCCACUUCAUACAUCAAGAAAAAUCUGUUUGUCACUGGCUCUACUGCAGUCUUUCAUUGAUUAUCUUUGCAUAGUCCUCUGUAACACACCAUCUUAUGUUUGUGUGGUGAAUUAACUUGUUAAGGAUCCUGGGAAAUAUUUCCAGGCAGAAAUUUGAGGUAUUAAGUAAUACUUGACACAUUAAUUACUGCUGCUGGUGCUGUCUCUGCAGAAUUGCUGAAUGAAAGUUACUAAAUUUAAUUCUUGUGAGUGUGAGCUUGAAAUAUCCAAUUUUUGAAAAUGUGCAGUUUUUAUUCUGCAUUGGUCAAACUAACUAAAAGGUGGAAACUGAACUACCUGUGACACAGAUGGUGAUGAGCUCAUCAUGGCAAUGUUUUAAGGAUCUAACAUGCAGCUUGGCUGCAGCAUGCAUUUAGUUCACAUGGUAUUUUUACUUUCCUUAAAUAUAUAUAUAUAUAUAUAUAUAUAUAUAUAUAUAUAUAUAUAUAUAUAUAUAUAUAUAUAUAUAUAUAUAUAUAUAUAUAUAUAUAUAUAUAUAAUUUUCCAGUCUCAGUUAUUGAAAAUCUAAGCAUUUGGCUGGUUUGGAACCUAAGACCUGCAACUGCCCUGAGUCACUUAGUGCUGCAUCAUAACCUGGUCAUUUUCAUGUCAAGUUAUUCAUGAGUAUGAAAGCACAGUGACUGGUGCUAAGGGAUGGUGUGAAGACAUCAGGAGGGUAAAUUUUUUUGUGUGAGACUAUUGAGCACAAGACCUGUGUUUUGAGGAUGAAAAUAGGAAUUGCAUAGGCAGACACUGUGGUGAGGAUAUUUGGCAGCAUCACCCACAGAAUAAUAGGCAAGUCAAGAAUAGAAAAUAUUAAUUCUUUUCCCCCAAAAAAGUUAACUUUGUUGUCACUCAUUCCUAGCAUAUAAGUUGUUUUAUUCUAAUGAGGCCUAAGAAGAGACUUGGUAUUGUGUAAGAAAGGUGUUGAGGGGGCUGCCCUGUGGCCCACUUUACUCCCACACACUAAAGCUUUAUAUAAUUUUAACAGAAGUGCUAGAACUUUGAAAUAUAAGGAUAAUUCUAAUAAUUGUCACAAACUAAUUGGAUCAAACUCAAGUCAUUAACAUAAUGUCAACUUAAUGAUCAUUCUUGUUAGUUGUGGUCAGCCUGAUUCAGUAGUGCUUCAGACAAAGCCUCACUGUACAGCAACUCCAAGAUUCAUAUCACAUUGAAUUUUUAAGCUAGUGUUUGCAGCUUCUCCAUUGUAGGUUGAUGUGUUGGUGUAUACAGUGUAGAAAAUAUAAUUUUCAUUGUAUCAUGAACUACUGAAGGUAAAGAACUUUAUUUUUUUAUUUUAAGUUGACUUUUAUAUUAAUUGUAUGUAUGUUGAAGGAGUAACAGUAUUAGAUUAGUCUGUAAUGAGGUGCUUGUGUCUAAAUCAGUAUCUUUGUAUACAGUCAAGUCCAUAGUAGCCUUCUCUGACCAUACAUGAGGAGUACAAGGCAAGGACCACUAGUGAGAAGCAAGGAACCUCUCCCUAAUGGGAGUUGGGCUUAUCCCAUGCAACAACGCACUUUAUCUGGUUGUGACAAUCCAUAAUACCGUCCUUCCUUCUGUGUCUCACAUCCCCUUGCAUUAACCAGUAAGCUAAGAUGUGGCUUUCUGUGUAAAAUUUGCUGCUGUGUGCUGGAUGUCUUUUCAAGACAAGCAAAAAUAGGAGGGCAUUAAGUGCGUCGAAUGUUAAAUGUUAUGUUGUGUUGUUUUGACGCCAAGGAAUCUCCCUUAGCAGAAAGAUUUAUGUAUUUAUGUAUUUAUUUAUUUAUAAUUUGUAUGGUCAACCUAUGUAAAGGUUGUAGUGGAGAAAAGUCAGGAAGUUUUUUGACUGAAAAACUGCGCCACUGUAUUUUUCACACGUGACAUCUUUAAGUAUUUGGUCAGAUGAAAAGUUGCAUGCAUGUGUGGAAGUGCGAGUGCAUGGCUGUGUGUGGGUGUCAGGUGGUCCUCCCAGGCACUGCGGGAGACAGCGCUAGUGAAAAAUAUUCCUGAGUGCUGUAAGUACAACUAUCUCUUAAUAGAGCUUAUGAAACCUGUCAUGCACUUGAUUAAUUGACUUACCUUUUCCAUCCUUUAUUACAAAUAAAAAAAAAGUUUUCAGUUGUAGCUUUCGGAGCCUAGACAAUCUAGUUUUAAAGGAUAGUAAAUCAGUUGGUGGUGCCUGGUCUCUUCCAGAAAGGAGAGUUGGUGACCUACACUACUAUAUACCAUCUUUGUAUUCUUUCUCUAUUGUCUGUAUUCUCUCCAAGGAUAAGACAGCUGGAGACCCACUCACCCUUGUCCAUUUUUCAUAUUCUCCAAGUGGAGGAGAUUCACAGGUUUAAUUUACUGCUUUGAGGCAGCUGCCUUUUUGUGUUUGGUUUGCAACUGGUAUGGUACUUAGUUAAACUGGGAAAGUCCAGUUGUGGGAGUACUCAGACUUGUCUAGAAGUUGGUGUACCUAAUGUUUUCUGUGAAUCUUGGGAAUAUUACUUGUUCCCAUAGUGUUCUGGUAUCUGGGCACUUCAGGAUCCUUUUCUAGGCAUUGAGAAAUCCUUGACAUCUUAUUUGUGAGCCUGGAUGUGAAUAGCUAUGUUGUGAAGUGACAGUUGAUACAGUAACCACUGGGUUUGGUUUUGGUUUACUGAAAAUUCCCAGCCCAACUAGCCACUGAGCAUUGGUUGUUGCUAAUAUAACCAUGGCCUAAAUUUGGGCUUGCUGUGGUCACAAUUAUCUCAAUACUCUAAGCUCAUUGUUAAUAUGGAGAUUUUUGGAGUUACCUAAUGCUGGGGUGGAGGCACCAGGCCCUCUACCCUGGCCUCAGACACCCAUUCAUAGCCUGACAAAUUUUGUUUGUCCUAUUCCUUUUUCAUACUUGCUUUUAUAAUUAUUAGAUGAAAACUAUAUUCUCUUUUACAAAACACUGCAAAAUGAAUUUAUCAUAAAUGAGCAGAGGUGAACAUAACUGGGGUUCAAGCUUGGAUCUGACAAGCUGAACCUCAGGUACCUCACGGCCAGUCCUGCUUUGUCUUGUGGUUGUGCAUCAUGCCACAUGACAUUGUUCCCACUCCUUUCCUCAUCCAUUAACCCUCAGUCUCCUUACAUUUUUUUCUAUGGGGUGAGACCAUCAGAGGCAUGCCUAUGGGAUGCGAGGUUAACCUUGAGUUCAGUCAUUAAUGGUCUGGAGUGUCAUGUGCAUGAGAGAACCCUUCUCUUUUACUCCCCUUACUUCUUGUGGAGGCUCUGAGGGGCUAACAGUUUACUUUCCCUACUAUACUGUGGGGUUAACAUGCUCUGGGACCUCCCCUCUGCAACCUGAAUGGUCUCAUCCUCCUCACAUUCCUGUCAAUCCAUUACUCCCCAUCAUCUUUCUCUAACUUUGAUCCAAUGAUUUUUCCUCAAACUGGAGUCAUUACUUGAAAAUCCUUGCUACUGGCCCUUACACACAUCAAGCGCAUGGACAUGAUCUUUGCAAUUCUGCUUUCCUUUUAUCACCCGUAAGUUGUGUAUUUACAAGAACUUCUUGUAAUCUUUACCACAGAACCUACAUGCUGUUUUUCUUGGUGUUACAUGUUAUUCUUCUCUGGAGAUUACUUAAUUUUAUAUUCAGAUUUCCAAUGUUCCCUCAGCCACUUCCUCUCUGUCAAUACUACUCAUCCCUUGGUCCAAGAAAUCUAAUUGUAGAUAUUUUUCUUUAUCCAGAUGAAAUACAUGGGCAAACAGCCUUAGCAUGCCUCUGUAUUGGCCACACUUAACUUACUCAUCUUUACCUCAUGACAUAUUACUCUACACUACCAUGACCAAAUUGUAGCACCCCACUGACUCUUACUCAUUUACUUGCUAAUUACUGUGAAGGCACUGCCUCCCAUACUCAUACUUUUCCCUGUUUGUAACAUCUCUGCCCUUCACUCCUUCCUCUAUAGUACCAACUUCCUAUCUAAUCUCCAAACCCCAUCCACCUUUUCUCUAAGAUUUUUUAUCCUAUCCCUUCAUUUAUGUAACUUAGUACCAUAUGGUCUUUGAUGCCUAGUACUAGAUUCUUCCAUUAAUCACUCGAUCAAUUGUCCCAAUAUAUUUAUUUCCCUGCCAUUCUCUUCUGAAGUUAUGCUGCAGAAUCAUGUUAUAGCCAUUCUCCUUGUGGAGUGUUCUUUGGAACAGAUUUCAGAUAUAUUAAAUAUAAAACCAAUUGGAAGAAUGUCCAUUGGUAGGCAUAAUGGUGAUACUUAGUUAAAUGCUCAUUGGGGCAUAACUGCCUAUAUAUACAAGCUACAAAAUUCCUUAUGCAGUAGUACCUCCUUUUAUGAGUGCCCAAACUUAGGAGUUUUUCAAGAUAUGAGCUGUUGCUUCAUUGAUUUUUUUACUUAGAGUUGCAAGCCAAAAUCCAAGGUAAUGAGCAAGCUUCAGCUACGCCACUGGUAGUUGGCACAGUGAGUGCCACAUCUGUCUCACUCAUUCACUUCACUUGUUUUUAUACAUUUGUUAUUUAUAAAUACAUUUUCUUAAAGUAAACCCUCUAUAUAAUAAACACAUAUGGGGAGAGAGAGAGAUGAAUUGUGGCUGAUGAAUUGUGACCCUGAUGAUUUGAUUUGAUUCUCUCUCUCUCUCUCUGAUAAAUUAAUACACCACAUACACAGAGACAGAGGGUUGUGGUUGUGUGUCUCAGCUGGUGACCUUGACAAUGGUUGAUGAUGCAAUGCUCUCUCUCUCUCUUUCCCUCUCAGAUAAGUGAACACAGAGAGAGAGAGAGAGAGAGAGAGAGAGAGAGAAUCAUCAACCAUUGUCAAGGUCACUCACUGGCUGUCACACAGCCACAAUUCAUCUCUCAAACAUGCAGUUGACUGUGUGUCAGCCAACUCUCCUGCAUUUUAAGACCUAGGACAUUCAUAAAAUAAAGCAAGCAUUCCAUAAUUUUGAAGUAUGCCAUAAAUUGUGAACAGUUCCAUAAAAUAAAAUUAGUGUUCAAUAGCCUUAAAGGGGCCGUUAUACCAGAAAUUUGAUAAACAGGUUUGUUAUAUCAUCAGUUUACUGUAUUUAAAAACAUAUAACAAAAAAAAAUUGGGCUGUUGUAAGAAAUUAAUGGCAUUUCAAAUCAUUUCAGCGGGGAAAAUUGAUUUGAAAUAAAUGAGCAAAUUGAAUUAUGAGUUCUGUCACGGAAUGAAUUAAACUCAUAAGUUGAGGUACCACUAUUUUCAUAGCAUCAUCAAGCUACAAAGGAAGUUACUAUUACUUUAAUUUCGACAUGCAAAUACUUACAUAAGCUGGGCUUUUAUGAAACACUUAAGCAUUAUGUAUAUACUUUAUUUUCAUAUCUAAAUAUAUAUAUAUAUAUAUAUAUAGAGAGAGAGAGAGAGAGAGAGAGAGAGAGAGAGAGAGAGAGAGAGAGAGAGAGAGAGAGAGAGAGAGA